AACUUCUCUAAUUUCACUCUGAUAAAGUAUCGACUUCUGCUCGAAGAGGGGUAACCGUAUUUACUCGUGUGAGUCAUACAAAGACCUGACGCAAGCAAUCCAAGAAAUUAGCAGAACGAUUGCCAGAAGUCCAUCUGGGAAAUUCAAAUACUGCAAUUCAAUUACACAAAUAGUUUUAAAUGUGUUCGAGUUUUAACCGUUUUCCAACGCAUUCUUCAUCAACAGAAAAGUUUAAAAUAAUGAAUUUUUAAGUGGCUUAAAUACAGCAUCGCUUCUGUUUUUCGUGCAGAACCGUUUUCAUCGAUCGAACGAACAAAGCCCAUUGAGCAAAUACUGUCGUGCGAGCCAAUGUUCGUUACGCGUGAUCCUUCGAAGCUCUUCGGUGUAACUUUGUACUACCAAAUCUCUUUUCAAACUCAAAAUUAUUAUGAAGAGUCAGGUGUUGCCUUGUGGUUCAUCUGUAGGCGACGGAAACUGAACCUAAGGAUUGAAGUCCGUUAUAAUGCAGAAGUACCACCUCAACAAAGCUUCUAUCUGGACAUGCGUGAAGGGGAUUUCAAAUUGGAAUCCUACUCCAAUUAUUUUGAAAUGCAAGACUAUUUUCCAUUAAUCACCAGUUUCCUUGAAAGGCAUGUGGACUCGCGUGCUCGUGUCAUGACAGGGUUGACAUGUGUGAGCUUCUACCUUCGUGAUGGGGGUAGCAUUGUCAGUCACUUGAUGGUGAGUGAUCACAAUGAAGCCUGGAUAAAUAAAGUUGAUGAUCAUGGAAGGAGGUCAGAAUUUGUCUGUGAGAGUAACCGCGAGUCUAACUUCACCACCAAGGCAGAAUUUGAUCUAAUAAAUAAUUUUGUGAGUGGUAAUCGUACAGCCCCGUGGCUAGUAAGUGUUCUUUGCCUCUUUUCAGGAUGGGCUGUGGUAAGGUUUGGCAUGGAAAGAGUGUCACUUCAUGAGAUCUAACUGGAAUGCUAAAGAAGUGAUGUAAAAAAUAAUAAAGACUGAGAAGAAAAGAGGAGAGGAUUUUAGAAUGCUAGAGUUUGUUAUUCAUGGUAAUUGCUGAAAGAUAAGAAACAGAAUGUGUAUAGGGGUUAAAUGUAAGUGUCAGUGCCCUGGUAUUACAAGAUAUUUAAUUUUGUAAACAAAGUUGAUAUGAAUUGGCCAAAGUAAACCCAUUUUUAACUCAGUUAUGAGAAUGUUGAAGAUACACUUUUGAUGUAUUAUUUUAAUAUUUUGUACAGAAUAAAUGUAUGCGUUGCUGCUGCCUA